CAACUAGCGGGAAUAAAUUGUCACUACAGCCAACUAUGUCGAAAAUUGACCACAAGAUGUAGUUCUGUAGAGAUUUCCCCAACAAUGCAGCCAAUAGAAAGUUCAAGUUAUGCAUUCACAGGAUUUACUGCUUAUUCUCAUCACAUGUUGGGGAUCAGUGGUACUAAUGUGUGUACAGUCUUAACGCAGAAUAACCAGUGGUUGAUGUUUGUAGUAAAUAGAAUUUUUAUACCAACGCAAAUCACUGAAAUCUAUUUUAUUAAUAUUAUUAGCUGUUAUUUAAAAAUUUGUAUGUAAUUAUACAAAUAUAAUCCCCGUGCACAUCUGUGGAAGCGCCAACAGUUAUAGUGUAACCACAAAAACCAGGGAUCUCCCGUCUUGCAUACACUCGUUGGUUAAAAAAUUAUUCAUAUCAUUGACGAACUAUCAAUGGAAUAAAUUUUUCUCUAAAAGAAAUAAAAAAAAUCCCGUUUUCAAAAGAAGAAAUUUCAAGCCGGCAAAUAUUAAAAAAUGGAAUCUGAAUCAGCGAUUCCAAGAAAACGAGCGAGAUCAUCGUCAUCACCUGUACCCAAUCUUUCACUGACUGAAUGUGUUCGUGAAUUUGCGCUACCUCAAGCAUAUCCAAGUAUGGCUAAGGGCAAUGAUAGUAGCAGUGAAGCUAAAUCUCCAGCAGGAGCGACACAAAAAUCAAUGAAGCUUGCGAAGUUUAAAAUAAAAACCAAGGAUGGCCGAGAGCUUGACAUGAAAAUAAUGCCACAAAAUACGCCAGUGACUUCUCUGAAUGGCAAAACAAUAUCAUUCUCAUUAGCGAAGCCAUUGAUUAGAUCAGAUCAGCCUGUGAAUAUAAUGACCAAAGGAGACACUUUAGUGACCACAGCAUCUGGAACAAGCGACAUUAAACCCUCAAUGCUCGCAUCAUCACAGGAUAUUUAUAAAUCACUGAACAAAAAUCCGAAUUCGGCGGUAAAAUAUAUAAUUCCGCCGCACUUAAGAGGAGUUAAAUUAUCAUCAGAUUUAAAUUCUCGCGUUAAUAUGCCAUUAAGAUCAAAUAUUGUUACCAAUUCAAUUUAUCAGCUUGAUGAUCAUAAUAUUGUUGUGUCGAAUGACGACAGCAUUGAUCUUAGUGGUAGCUAUGGCGAGGGUGAAUCAAAUGGAAUUGUUAUGCAACAAGGAAGAGGCUGGCGAGUUCUAAAAAAAGAACCUGAAAGAACGGUUUUAAGAAAUGUACAAAAUAAAAGUGCCAAUAUUAUUACUGAUGAUAAUAAUUUAAAUGGACAAAAACCAGCUUUAUUGCGUAGAGGUACGUCACUGCUAAAUAGAGGAAAAAAUUUACCGUUCAGAACUGUUAAAAAUGCUAAUCAAUCAAAUAUUAUAAACAGGCAGCAAGUGAAUAGUAAUGGACAACCCGGCAGUCGCUUGAUACGAAUCGCCGGGAAUAAAAGAGGAUUUGAUCAUGGAUACGCAUUAGCAGCAGAUAUUUCUGAUCAAAAUUUGAUAAAUAUUGUUGAUGACUCUAAUGGAAUUAUAAAUCUUGACGAUGGUAGUAAUUUAGACGGAAAUACUGUUUAUGUUUUGCAAAAUAAUGAUUUGUUGGAUCAAGAGCAGACUGAGACUGAAAUGAAUGUUAAAAAUACUCCACAGUCUGUUCCGUUAGUUAAUUCACAGGGCAGAGUGAAUCUGAUAAGGAGGGGGAAUAACAAAAAUACGAAUAGUAGUAGUGAUAAAUUAAAUAAAGAUGGGAAUCCCAGAAGAAGUGGAUCUCCAAUGGAGAGCUACAGGUCGCCAUAUUUGCGCGAAGACUUAACGGAUGAAGAAUUAUCCGAUAAGCUGAGUGUUGUUGGCGAAGCACUUAGCACUGUUAGUGAUGAAGAUCUUAAAAUGAGAGCUCUGAGGGCUUUAGAGGAGUGCGGGUUUGGAAUGGAGCGGUUUAUUCCUAAAAAACCUCCUCAUAAUUAUUUGUCAGUUAAAGACACGUCAUCGCAGACGAACGUAUUCGGGUUGUUGGAUAAAAAUGAUUUUAUUCGCGUGACUGGAGAUACUAAUGGCGUGGAGAGACUUCACGAAAUUGAAAAACAAUUAAUUAAUAACAAUAAGGAAGAAAAAAGAAAAGCUUGCACAGAUACUGCUAAUUUUAGAGAAGCACUUGACGAAAUGUUGGACAAAGAUGUUUGGGUUGACAAGAAAAGUGUUGAACAAGUUAAAAAUAUGUUGAAAAUAAAUCCGGUGGUGGAGAAAGCUUACAAAAUAUUGAAUCGCGAUUUGAAGAAUGCCAAGAAGUUUGACGAAAAUGGAUUACUCAAUGUUCACAAAGCUGUUUUUGGAAAUGAUCCACGAGUUUUGAAGAGACAUCUUAUGAUGCUCAAAGUUGUCAAGGAAUCUGUUGAUAUUCCUACUCAAGACAAACAGACGAGUCUUGAAUUAGCGAUUCAACAUUCUGCGCAGCCAGAAAUUGUUAGUUUGCUGCUGAAGAACGGCGCCAAUCCAGUGUCACCUGAAAACGCUUACGACUCGGCUUUGAUAAUCGCGAGUAGAAUGUCGUCAGAUUAUUUGCCUCAACUUGUUCAAUACGUAUCGCUACACAAUCCAGCGAUAAAUAAUGUUGAUUCAGAAGGCUUUACAGCUCUACAUCACUGUGCAAGGAAUGGAAAUUACAGAGGAGUUAUGUGUUUAAUAGCUAUAAGUGCAGAUGUCAAUGCACGUGACAGUAAAUCUGGAAGAACAGCUCUGUUUCAUGCGUUUGAGAACGAGAGCAUAAAUAUAUGUAAAGAAUUACUAAUUGCAGGGGCCAAACCUAAUAUUCCAAACUUUGCUGGUCAUACGGUCCUUUCUAUGUUUGACGAAGAAAAACAUUUCUUGCUAAAAGAAUACAUUCAGAAGUAUCAGAAAUAAGUUAUUCUCAUGAAUCACAACCAUAUUUUCUAAA